GUCAAUUGUUCCGUUAGUGGAUUGUUGUGGUAGAGAAUAUUAGUUUUACUGGUGGUUUGCGUAGUAAUCGGCUAUGCUGCUGAGCGAGCCGCACCCGCUGGAGGCGCGGCAGGGCGGCCGGCCGCUCGGUCUGCUCUGGCCGCCGGACCCCGGCCCCGGCGGCCUGCUGGUGCGCGUCACCGACCAGCGCGCGCUCAUCGACGGGGCUCCGCUUACCAGGUUCGACAUGGACCCGGACACGGAGGCGGCGUUCGACGCCCUCUGCGUCCGGGAGCGCCAGACGCCGUCCAAGCUGCUGCUGGAGGCGUGGACGGUGGCGCCGCUGACAGCCGGCGCCGGUCUGCGCGUCACCGGCUGGACCUGGCGCGGCGGAGAGAGAACCAUUCAGUGGAGUACUGCCAUCUCCCGACGAAUUUCGGAACGAGAAGUGCAGGACGCCAACGGCCAGCUGUUCGUUCUGUUGGGAAACCUAAGUGUGGAGACGGCAGAGACUAACGGUGUGCCGGUGCUGGCGCAGACGGCCUUCUCGUCCGGCCUGCCCGCCCGCUGCAAGCGGACAACCACUCCCGGCAAGCGGACGCGCACUCUCGGCAAGGGGGCACUCACUUCCAGCAAGCGGACACCCACUUCCGGCAAGCGGACACCCACUCCCGGCAAGCGGACACGCACUCUAGGCAAGCGGACACCCACCCCCGGUAAGCGGACACCCACUCUCGGCAAGCGGACACCCACCCCCGGCAAGCGGACACCGGCUGCCGCCAAGCGGACACCGACCGUCGCCAGAGGCAGCCAGAUGUGCCAAGGCUUCCACGUCGAGACGGGCCGAUAG